UCAUUUUAACAUUUGUCGUGGCCGCACACGGAAUAACACGGGAAUUUAUUUGUGAACGAAAUUUACAAUUUUUUAAAUAUUAUCCGAAAUAUGUACAAUAAUUUAUUGCAUUAUUGUGCAUUGCACUAUUUAACCGCUUGACCCUGUGAACCAUCCCAUAAGAAAAUAGUGUUUACCGAAUAAGCAAAGAGCGCAACAACAACAUCGACUCGCGCAAAUGGAUAAAAUGUUUGUUUUUAAUGUUAAGCGAAAACUGCAAAUCAAAAAAGUGUGAUAAUAACAGCAAAAGAAAAGAAGAAAAAAAAAACGGGCGAGAGAACGCGCCAGCAGCCUGCAUGCGCGCCUAUGUGUGUGUGUGUGUGUGAACGUACGUGCGUGCGUGUGUGUAGUUCGCUGUCCGCUGUAUAUGUGUGUGUGAGCGAGAGCGCGAGCUUAGGCGAGUGAGUGUGCAGUGAAGUGCAAAAGAGAAAUACGAUAAAACAAAAAAAAUAAAAAUAAUAAAACACGCCAUGCAGUUGCGUCCGUUUUAGCUGAUAAAGCGUACAACAAAAAGAAAAAAAAUAUAAAAUCAAAUAAAAUAAAAGCUCACACACAUAAAGAGCAGUAGGCACGAAAGCGAGUGAAAAUAGAAAAUUAAUAAUUAGCAAGAAGAAGCAGCAGCACACACAACAUCAAAGCAAAUAGCCAAAUUUGCAAAUCAAAAUUCUCGGUGCACAGCGGCCAGUUUUAAAAACGAUCGCAAAUACAAUAAGAAAUAAACAAGAAAGAAAAACAACAACACAACUGCAGUGCGGCAGCAGAAGAAGAAUUAAAUUACAACCAAAAAAGGCAAAUAAACAGUGCUGCAAAACGGUCAAAAUGUCGACACUGGACAUACCCAACAAUUCGGCAAUGAUGAAGCGAGCCGAGCAGCUGCGUCGCUGGGAGGAAUCGGACACAAAUCGCGCUCCGCCCACUCCCCGCCACAGCCGCAAUGGGCGACACAUCAAGUUCAGUUCGGGCUGCGUUUUUCUCGCCGCCUGUUUAUCGGGCGAUAAGGACGAUGUGCUGCAGCUGAUCGAUGAUGGCGCCGAUAUCAACACUGCUAAUGUGGAUGGCCUCACAGCGUUGCAUCAGGCCUGCAUCGAUGACAAGCUCGACAUGGUUGAGUUCUUAGUGACGCAUGGAGCAGAUAUUAAUCGACAGGACAACGAGGGAUGGACGCCGCUGCAUGCGACAGCCUCCUGCGGCUUUGUGAGCAUAGCACAGUAUCUGGUGGAGCACAACGCAGAUGUGGCUGCUGUGAAUAGUGAUGGUGACUUGGCGCUGGAUUUGGCAAAUGAUGUGCAGCACAUGCCCAUGAUUGAUUACAUGGAGAAGGUGGUGCAGGAGCGCAACAUUGAUGUGGAUCAGGCGCGCAGAGCGGAGGAGAAGGCGAUGCUAAACGAUGCCAACAAAUGGCUGCUUAGCGAUGGCGCCGAUGUGGAUCGACCGAAUCCAAAAACUGGUGCAACAGCGCUGCAUGUGGCAGCAGCCAAGGGCUAUACGAAUGUGCUGAAAUUGUUGCUGGCCGGCCGGGCCAAUGUCGAUAAGCAGGACAACGAUGGCUGGACGGCGCUGCAUGCUGCUGCGCAUUGGGGCCAAAAGGAGACGGCUGAGAUGCUGGUGGAUGCGUGGGCCAACAUGGAUAUACGCAACUAUUCGGGACAAUCCUGCAUCGAUGUGGCCGAUCGCAAAAUGGUCAAAUUCCUCGAAGAACUGCGCGCCAACAUGCGCAUCAAGCGGCGUCCAUCUAGUCAAAUCAGAAUCUCAGAUGCGAUUGAAAAUCAUGUGGACAAAACACCAACGAAACUCGUACGCGUUGAAGUGAGAACUGAUGCCGCUAAGGAUGCUGCCACAAGUUCGCUUAGCGCCAGCGUUAAAGUUGAGCCCGAUGUUGAUGUUGCCACUGCUCCAAAGGAUGCUCAUAAUGAUGAUGUUAAAGUUAUGGUUAAUGAUGAUGAUGAUGAGGCAGCAGAUACCGAUUCAGAUCUCAGCGAUUCAACAGAGAGCUCACACAGCACAAGUUUAUCAGAGAGCGAAGCUGAAAAUGUGAAACCCAAUCAGCAAAUUCAUGCCGCCGAACACGCCGUCGAAGAUGAGGCGCCUUGGCGACGCAAAACGCUUCGCACGCCCAACGACAGCCCCACUAAGAAUCAAGUUCCUGACAAAGAGCUGAUCGGCAAAAGCGCCAAUGAGAGCGCCAACGAUGUCAUCUUGCGACGCACGCACAGCUUUGAGAAUGAUCAAAAGAAACCGAUUGCUCCAGCUACUGCUUUGCUGAAUGCAGCGACAACGACACCAACCACAACGGGACUCAGCUCACCUUCAACGACUGUGCACACCCCACCAAUACGCAGAAACAAUUCCGUUAGCAGCCCCGCUGCACAGAGCGGCAGCACCAGCAACAACAAUGGCAGCACCACGGCAAGCGCCAGUGCCAGCGAUGUGGAGACUCCCAAGCCCAAGCAAUCAGCGGGCAAUAUAUUCAAAAACUUUUUCAAAUCCUUUGUGCCUCCGGUGCGUGACGAGGAGAGCGAAACGCAGCGUAAAGCGCAUGCGAAGCGAGUGCGGGAGACGCGUCGUUCGACGCAGGGCGUGACCCUUGAUGAGAUCAAGAGUGCCGAGGAGCUGGUCAAGAAGAAGAACCUGGGCAUGAACAAGAACAACAAUAACAAUAACAACAACAGCAGCAGCAAUGAAACAAGCUCCACAUCAAGCACCGCAACAACAACAACAACAGCAUCAACAACCACCACAACAUCAGCCACAUCAUCAACAACAACAACAGCAACAACAUCUUCGCCAAGCACAACAACAACUGAAACUGCAACUGCAACAACAACAACAACGACAAGCAACAGCAACAACGACAGCAGCAGCGACAGUUCACAAGAGCCACAGCCACCGCCACCGCCCACAACACCGCCACCCAGCUUGAUACCAACUGCAGAUGAUUCGGAAAUCAUUGAGGCUGUGGUUGCCACAUUGGCGCCAGCUUCUUCGUCUGUCGAUGAUGUCAAUGCCAGCUUCACGCUGACGGCGCCAACCACAAGAAAAUCAGAUGAUGAUCAAGUUGAAACUGCUGAGAGCAAUGCUGAAGAGGAGGAUGAUGAUGAUGAUCAAGAGGAGGAGGCAGUUAGUGCUAGCUACACGAUAGUCUCGCCAUCCCGACUAAAGACUGAUCCAGUUGCCAAACAACAGACGAGCAGCGAUUCUAUCGAGUCAGCUGUGCAGCCAGCAGUCAGACCCACAGAGCUGGCGAUAGCCACAACAACAACAACUGUAACUGAAAGUAAACCCAUUGUGCAGACUCCUGUUGCCACAACUCCAAUUGCUGUCCUGGAGAGUCCUGUGAGAUUGAGGGACAAACGCAGUCUGAGCAGCGCAUCAUCUAAGGAUGUUGAAGCGGAUGCCAAGUCGGACACAGCUUCGCCAGUCUCGACGCAUGCGGAUUUCAAUGCUCGUGAUUCACUCUUAAGUUUAUACGCCAGACGUACCGGGGAGAGUGGUGCAGGUGGGGCAAGUGGUGCAAGUGUGGCUGCUGCAACUGUUGCACCUUCCACGUCGUCGUCGUCGUCUUCAGCAACAACAACUGCAGCCGAGCGGCGACCUUCGUGGCGCCUCAAGUUCGAUGCGGGCUCAAAGUUCAAGCUGGAGGACAUCACCAGCGGUGGCAGCUACCCGCCCAACCAGAGCACCAUCAUCCCAAGUGCGCCGGCUGUCAUGGCAGCUGUUAAUCUGGCCAGCACAGCUGGAACACAGCGACGCAUCAGCAGUGGUCCCAAUGCGCUCAAUGCUUCCAAUCAAUCGCUCAACUCGAUCGGUCGUCCAGUCUCGGCGCCCAGUGAGACGAUCAAUGCGUAUGUGACACCUCCAGCGCGUCAGCGAUACGAGACGUCUUCAGCCGCUGCUGCUGCGACAACAACAACAACAGCGGGAACAACAACUGCCACGUCAACAGCGAACAACUCCGCGUCUGCAGCCAGUGCCAAUCAUGCAUCAGCCACAGCAUCCAGUGCUACAACCAGCCAUGAAGAUAAAGAUAAUGACAAGGAGAACGAUAAUCGCACACAGACUGUCAUACAGCGUCGACGCAAACCGAAGCGUCGAUCCACGGGCGUGGUGCAUCUCGAUAUGGAUGAGCUUGAUCCGGAUCGUCAACACGAUACGGCCAACAAUGACAACGAUGAGAAGGAAAAGGAGAGCGGCAGCGAACGCACCUCACGCUCUCGCACUGCGAGCACAGCCACCGCAAGUGUCGCCAGCGAUUCGAAGAGUUCCAGCAGCAGCGACAAGGCGGAGAAUGGAGAUGGCAUUGACUACAAGGCGCUCUGGGAAGCGGCCAAAAUGGAGAACGAUAAGCUCAAGCAAAUGCUCAAGCAGAAGGACGACGAAGUUGUACAAACGCGUGCGACGCUCGAGCGUUUUGCCAAUGCCACAACUAAAAAUUCACUCUCUGAGAUUGAGAAGCGUGAAAGAAGAGCUAUGGAACGCAAGCUUUCCGAAUUGGAAGAAGAGCUCAAGCUCUUGCAGAAGCUAAAGACUGAGAACGAUCGUCUACGUGCCGAGAAUCGUGCCCUAACGCGAGUUGUCUCUAAGUUGACCACCUCGGCACAGAGUCAACUAGCCAAAAGCAAAUAAGUCAGCUGGCUGCUCCACAUAUCGGCGACUAUCGCUCGAAUAUCGUACUCGUUAUCGUAAUCGCAAUCGUUAUCGUUUCUAUAUACUUCUACCAUAAUACUCCGUACAGCAAAGCAAAAAAAACACAUACGUACAUCACAUAUUCGAACAUAAUAGUUAAAAUUACAAAAAGGAAUAUCAUAACUAUAUUAUAUAUCGUACACUGGGACAUCAAUUGAUAAAAUCUUAUUAGACUUUACUACAUACAUACUAUAUAUAUUACAUAAAUAAAUAUAAACAAACAUUUGCAUUGUUAUUGAGCGCAACAUGAAACAAUAAUUAAAUGUAUCUUCUAGCUAAAUUAAGUUCACACUCUUUGGUGCACAUUUUUCGUACUCUCGAAUAUAUUUUUUGCUGGGCAGGCAAUUUCUACAUAUAUUUGCACCACUGUACUAGUAGCUUAAACGAAAUUUACAGAGCAAAUUUACUUUUCUAGUUGAAAUUUUUGCAUAUUUAUAUUGUACUUAGCCGAAAGAAUUGAUAAAUUAAUCGCAUAAUCAGCAUAAAGUCAAAAAUAUAUAAUGUAUCGCGGUACAAGAAUAUAACACAACAUAUGGCAACAAACUAUAUAUCCACAAAACUAUAUAUUCGUAUACUCAAAGACUACAUACAUUAAAAAAAAGUAUAAACUCAUCGAAUCUGAAGGAACUCGAAUCAACUCAACAGCAGCAGCGUUUGUGGCAUUUGAGAAAGCAGCACCCAAGCACAGCACUGAACCAUCAGAGCACAGUUCUUCUUCAGUUCUUAUAUGCAGUGAGCUUAACGGUAAAUGUCCAACCACUGAACAUCUGACACCACAUAAGAACCUGCGUCAUAUAUGAGCUGGCUGUUGUUUUGUUGUUGCAAUAUUAAAAAUAAAAAAAUAAACCAACCAACACAAAAAAUAUUUAAGCAAUCUUAGUUAUAAAUUCUAAAAAUUUGAGAGUGUUUCCAAAUGAUCCAAACUAAAUUCUAAAUUCGAUCAAAAUCUACAACAAUUUGUUAUCUCUGAAAUUGAAUUUCUUUUGAAACACUCAGCUGUAAAUAUCUAUAUGUAUAAUUUAUAUUAAACUUUAACUAUAACUAUACCAAAAAAUAUUGUUCCCUUGUUGUUAAUAUUGUUAAAAAGUUUUGCUGAAAUUUAUUCUCAAUAUUAUGUGUGUGUAUUUUGAUCAGUUUGGAUCCAGGAAUAUACCAAUAAAACGUUUUGCCCAAUCUUGUCGUUCUUUUUGAAAUCUGUUUAUUGUUUGUUGUCUUUUUCGAUUUAUCGAUAUUGAAUAAAUCUCUAUACCAUAUAUUGCCCAUAGCCUUGGGUUCAGCAUAUUCUACAUAUAUUCAGUAUAUCAGCAUUUCAAAUCCUUAUCGUACAUGUGUCAUAAUAAAACAUAUCUCCAGUUAUUCUGGGAGGAAUUUUGGGG